AUGUGCUUAUUAAUAAAACGCUCAAAUCCCUUCCUUCAUCAAAUCCAACACCCAACAGAAACACAAAGAUGCAGAUAUUCGUCAAAACCCUAACCGGAAAAACCAUCACUCUCGAGGUUGAAAGCAGCGACACCAUCGACAAUGUCAAAGCCAAGAUCCAGGACAAAGAAGGGAUUCCUCCAGAUCAACAGAGAUUGAUUUUUGCUGGAAAGCAAUUAGAAGAUGGAAGAACACUCGCUGAUUACAACAUCCAGAAAGAGUCAACACUUCAUCUUGUUCUAAGAUUGAGAGGAGGAACCAUGAUCAAGGUCAAAACUCUUACAGGAAAAGAAAUUGAAAUCGACAUUGAGCCAACUGAUACAAUUGAUAGAAUCAAGGAACGAGUUGAAGAGAAAGAAGGAAUCCCACCAGUUCAGCAAAGGUUGAUUUAUGCUGGAAAACAGCUUGCAGAUGACAAAACAGCAAAGGAUUACAACAUUGAAGGAGGAUCCGUUCUUCAUCUAGUUCUUGCAUUAAGAGGUGGAAAUCUUUAAAAGAUAUGAUGAUCUAUUGCUAUGUUAUGGAAAAGUUUACAUAAUUGAGAUGACAUUGGAUGAUAUUUCAUGUCUUAUCUGAUUCCCCAUGACAAUGUUUAUUUGUAUUUGUAUUUGUACUUGAGAUUUGGUGCUUAUUAUCCUUUUAUCACA